AUGUUAGCAGGGCCUCUGCCUCUCGGUGCCCGAGAGCUCCAAAACAAAACUGACGAACCCAACAACAUCCGCUUCUUGUCUUCGGCUUAUCGGUUGGAGAGAGUCUUUCCCGUAUAUGCUAUGGGGACUCCCAACCCGGAUUCUGACUCUGUUCUGGCCUCUUCAUUUGAUGACUCAGGUGGGGCUGACCCGAUUUGGGACGCCGUCAGACAAGAAGCUAAGCUGGAGGCAGAAAAGGCGCCAAUUUUAAGUAGCUUUUUGUAUGCCAGUGUUUUAUCUCAUGAUUGCUUGGAGCAAGCCUUAGCCUUCGUUGUUGCCAAUCGUCUCCAAAAUCCUAAUCUUUUGGCAACUCAGUUGACAGAUAUAUUUUGUGAUGUGAUGAUGCAUGAUAAAGGCAUCCAAAGAUCAAUUCGCCUGGAUGUGCAGGCAUUUAAAGACCGGGAUCCUGCUUGUUUAUCAUAUUGCUCUGCACUUUUAUAUAUGAAGGGCUACCAUGCUCUGCAAGUUCAUCGAGUAGCCCAUGCAUUGUGGGGCGAGGGACGCCAAGUCUUGGCCUCAGCUUUGCAAAGUCGUGCCAGUGAGGUGGUUUUCUAUUUCAUUGAAACUAGCACAACAUGUAUAAGGUUGUUUCAUAUUUCUGUCUCUGAUCCAGGAUGCCAUAUUUUGGCUGCAGCUGCAAAAAUUGGGGAGGGAAUUCUAUUAGAUCAUGGGACAGGCAUGGUUAUUGGUGAAACUGCUAUCGUUGGAAACAGAGUUUCAUUGAUGCAUGGUGUUACUUUGGGAGGUUCAGGGAAGGAAAUAGGUGAUCGUCACCCCAAAAUAGGUGAUGGUGCACUAAUUGGAGCUUGUGCAACUAUACUUGGGAACAUAAGAAUUGGUAAAGGUGCAAUGGUAGCUGCAGGCUCUCUUGUGUUAAAAGAGGUCCCUCCCCAUAGCAUGGUGGCAGGAAUACCAGCAAAUGCCAUUGGAUAUCUACAUGAGCAUGACCCAUCUUUAAGCAUGAAACAUGAUGCCACAAAAGAUUAUUUCGAGCACAUAGCUGCUAACUUCAGAGAUGGAAAGUCUACUGGCUAG